AUGACUGGCCAUGUAUCGAUAAGAUUGGCUUCGGAACGAGUAAACCAUUGUGUUCCUUGUCCAAAUGAAUUACCACGGUUUUAUACACCGGGAGAGGUUAUAACUGGCAUGCAAGAUUUUAUGCGUGGCCAUGGAACAUAUGCAGAAGACGAUUCCCUCAAAUCAUCAGUUGCUGGUGUGAUGCAAAAAGUAAACAAAUUAAUAUGUGUUAGACCGUUGAAAAGUAGAUAUGUUGGAGAAAUAGGUGAUGUUAUUGUGGGACGUGUUCUUGAAGUUCAACAAAAAAGAUGGAAAGUGGAGACAAACUCUCGUUUAGAUUCAAUAUUACAAUUGUCAUCUGUAAACUUACCAGGAGGGGAAUUGCGUAGAAGAUCAGCUGAAGAUGAACAAAUGAUGAGAAAACAUUUACAAGAAGGAGAUCUCAUAAGUGCUGAAGUUCAAAGUGUUUUUUCCGACGGUUCUCUGUCCUUACACACAAGGAGUUUGAAAUAUGGGAAGUUAUCACAAGGUGUUCUAGUUAAAGUAUUUCCUUCAUUGAUUAAGCGAAGAAAGAAUCACUUCCACAACUUGCCCUGCGGUGUUUCAAUAAUAAUAGGAAACAAUGGUUAUAUAUGGAUAAGUCCCCACAAACAGGAUAUUAUUCUGGAGGAUAAUCAUGAUGAAAUAGAAAACUAUGAUCUUCAAGCUGUUAAAAGAUCAGACAGAGAGAUCAUAGCAAGAGUUAAGAACUGUAUCAGUGCACUGGUGGCGUCGAAGAUGAUGCUAGACGACACUAGUAUUAUGUUUGCAUUUGAACAGAGUCUCAAAUAUGAUAAUGUGAAGGAACUAUUGGACCCAGAAGCCAUGUUGGAUAUAGCGUUCCUUACACAACACAUGCUCAAUGAUAUUACUGAAGAUUAG